AUGCGCGCGAGCGUCACCGCGCGCGCGCUCGGGCGCGAUGGGCGCGCGAGCGCGCGUCGGGGCGAGCGGGGGGAAGAUGUGCGCGAUCGGGCGAAUGACGGGCGAUUGGGAAUUCGCUCGCGAUCGUGGACGGAGGACGAUGGGCAACGACGGGCGACGGUCGCGCGGGUGAUGCGAAUGGGAAGCGUGCGUGAAGGUCGAGGGCGCCGUGAGCGCGCGGCGGUGGUGCAUGCGUCGCGUGGGAAGGGGCGAGACGCGUCGACGCGCGUCGGUGGCGUCGGCUUGGGGUACGCGGAUCAAACGGGCGACGACGAUAAGGAUGACGAAGGGUUCGUCGUCGCGCCGGGGGACGAGGAUUUGAUCAUUCCGCCCACGACAGAGGAAAAUGCGAUCGAGAAGGGACGAGAGUUGUCGCUGUGGGCGGCGCUCGCGACGUGCGCGGUGAUGUACUCUGUCCCGUAUGGAUUCGUGCGGUGGAACUUGCACACGCUUGCGCCGCUGGUGUGGUACGAGCUCGGGGGGGCGACGUUCAUCGGUACUCUGAUGGCGAUGCCGUUCCUGUCCGCCAUCGGCUAUCCGGCGGCGAAGUAUGAGCUCAACAUGCCCAUCUUGGCUCGUUCGAGUUUUGGGAUUUGGGGGGCAGAGUUCGCCGACGCGUGCCGGGCAACGCUCGGGUUUCUACUCUACGCCGUGCAGACCCUCGUCGGGGGAGAGGCCGUAUUCGGAUUGUUCAAGGCGACUUUCGUUGCGCGGAGCAUUGAGAGCGAUGUGGCUGUGAGGGCGAUCUCGUACGCGACAUUCUGGAUAGUGCAGCUUGCGAUUUCCCUCCGCACGGUUCCGUCGACCAGGCUUCUCGGUUCUGGUAAAACAGUCCUGGCUCUCGUGGCCGGUUUCGCCGCCUAUGCAUUCCGUGAGGGCAUUCCUCAGACCGCGGUUGGCUCCCUUAUUUCGGCUGGUUUACCCGGACCGGUGCCGGAUGAAUUUUGGAAGCACGCUUGGCUCAUGGUGGGUGUGUGGGUGACGCUGGCGGCCGUCUAUCCUGAUUACACCGCACACAUCAAGGGCUCCAGAACCGCCCCCAUCGGGCAAUUUUUCUGGCUUCCCAUACUGUCUGGAUUGCUUGCCAUCGUCGCGGCGGCCAUUGCUCAAGCACCGAAGCCUGUUUUGUUCGCUUCCAUCGCGAUUGCUUCACUCGUCACCAACAGUGCAGCAAACGUUGUCGGGCCGCAAGCGUACAUGCAGGAGUUUUCGCUUCCUUGGGCGAAAAAGAAGAAUUAUUUGGGUGGUACAAUUUCUUCCAAGCAAGCUGCGCUCAUCAUCACCUGUGCGGUGGGAUUGUUCGCGCCCGCUCAAUUGAUGUGGCAGCAAGUCGUAGCUGCUGCUUCAUGGAUCAUCGGCGUCGGUUCGCUUUUGGUUUCUCCCGUCCUCGGUGUGAUCCUGUGCGAUUUCUGGCUCAUGCGAGCCGGUAAGUUAUCGCGCAAGGCGAUGCAGACGCGUGAUAAGAAGGGGCCGUACUGGUUUUUCCGAGGCGUGAACCCUCGGGCGAUGAUCGCGAUUGGUGUGGCGGCAGCGCCAAACUUGUUCUCUCUUCUUUCGGGUGUGUCUUACUUGAUUGAAGCCGGCGCUUUUUCGGGUUCUGGGGCAUUUUACACGUACGUCGUCAACAUGGAAUACGCGAGUAUCAUUGGUGCCGUCAUUGCCUUCGUCGUAUACCUCUUCAUACACUUGCUUGAGUUGAAACCAGUCAAGUUGCGUGAGGUCGCAUCUUCCAUCGGUGAAGCGUCCGGUACUCUCACCACGUCUGUCAUGUACAGCAUUGACGGACGCACGAAGACGACUAAAAUUGUCACGAGAGAAAAGGUGAACAAGCGUAUCGCUCGUAAGCGCGAGGAGUUGCCCGAUGAGCAGUAUCGGGAUGGAAUCGAUGCUGCGGAACGCAAACUGCGCAAGGAUGAAGACAAACGACGUAAGGCUGCGGAGGACGCUCUCCAAAAGGCUGUCGAAAAUGAGGCUGAGCUGCGCCGUAAGGAGAACCAGCGUCGUCAGCGUGAGAAGGAUCGAAUCAACAAGCUCUACGAUGAGUGCGAAGCGAUUUACUCCGAGGAGAUCAUCACCACGAAGAUCAUCACAGAGACUAAGAAGGGCGAGCUGAACGACCUCAUGGGACCUGACGGUAAUGGUGAAAUGACCGUUGCCAGGCUGAAGACGGAAAUCGAACGCCGUCGUGAAGAAAUCGAUCAGAUGCGCGCCAACAUCGUUCGGCGACGUCAACAGGGCGAGUUGGAAGUGCAGAACGCGAAAAGAGCGUUCGAGGCUGCAAAGGGGCAAGAGGCUGAGCUGAGGCAGAGAUUUGACGCGGAAACUCGUACUCUCUUGGAACGUGAAUCACGAUUGCAGGACGACGAAAAUCGACGUCGUGCUGAAGCUGAAUCUAAGUUGCAACGGACGCGCGACCAGCUUGCUUCCGAUCGUGCCGCUGAAGAAGCUCGUAGACGAGCUUGGGAUGAUCAACAUGCCCGUGAACUUGAUGAAGAACGUCGUCUCCAAGACGCUGAAGAGCUUCGACGGGAACAAGCCCUCGAAGACAUUAGACGCGCGGUGGAUGAUGAACGCGCUCGUCUCGAACGCCAAGAACAAGAUCGUCAAGCAGCGGAGGAACGUCGCCGUGAGGAAGCUCUGAGGAAACUUCGCGACAUGGAGGCAGAAGAGUUGAGACGGCGGGAGCAGGAAGAUAAGCGUCGCCGCGACGCCGAGGCUGAGAUCGCCGCUCUUAAGAACUCAAUCGUCAAUUUCGAAAAGGAAUUUAUGGAUCGACGCGCCGCUGCGGAUGCUGAUGCUGAUAGGCGUAAGCAAGAGAUGGAAGCUGCUCUGAGGGCGGAGGAGAUUCGUGCGGCGAACGCACAGGCUGCGAUGCGUGCAGCGGCAAAGGCUGAAGCUGAUAGACGCAAGUCUGAAGAUGAUGAGCUCGUCACGAAGAAACGCGCGCUUGAGGAGUUCAAGCAACAAGGCAUGCGUCUCAAGGACGAGGAAGAGAACCGUCGUCAGAAGUACGUCCAAGAGUUGGCUCGCAUCAACGCCGAGGAGGCAAGGCGUAUUACCAGUGCUGACGUGGCUCACAAGGCCCAACUUGAGCAGAUCGCAAUGCUCGAGGAAGCGGAAAAGCGUAAGAUUGCUGAUGAAGAUCAACGACGCGAACGCGUAGCGGCUCAAGCUGAAGCUGCGGAAGAAGCUGAACGUAGGAAACGAGAAUCUGAGGACGCUAGGCGACGCGCUUACGAUGAUGCUGCACGAGCAGCGCGCAAUGAAGAAGAUCGGCAGCGCGCGGAAGAAGACCAACGUCGUGAAGAGAACAAACGUCGCGAAGAAGAACUCGCGAGAGAAGAAGAGCUCAAACGACAAGAGGAAGAGCUGCGUCAAAAGGAACAGGAAAAGGCUAACUUGAUCUUCAACUCUCAGGAGGGUCUUAGACGCACGAUGGAAGACAACCGUCGCAUCAACUUCAUGAUUGAUAAGGAUAACUUCAAGACAAGUGAACAGUUGCAACGCGAAGCUGAAGACGCGCGACGAGCACAGGCCAAGAAAGAUCUGGCCGAUGCUGCGGAAGCCGAACGUCGAAAGCGCGAGGAAGAAGAACGCCGUCGACGAGAGGCUGAUGCUCAGGCCGCCGAGGCUGCCCGAAAGGAAGCUGAUCGAAUUGAAGCUGAAAAUCGCAGACGCACCAUGGCGGAACAAAGACUGCGCGACAUGGAGCAAAAGGAACAGCGUUUGCGUAUGGAAGCUGAGAAUAAACGACGCGCGCAGGAAGCCGAAAAUCGCAUGAGGAAGGAGGUUCUCGAGCGGGCCAUCGCAAGCGAGAAGGAACGUCAACUUCGUGCCCAGGAAGAGCUCAAGCGGCGUAAGGAAGAAGAGGAACGCAUCCGAAACCGAGAAGAUCAACGCCGAGAUGACUGGGAACGAGAACAAGCUCGCCGAGAUGCAGAAGAGAAGGCUCGUCGCGAGAAGGAAGAUUCCAGAGCUCGCGAGGCUGAAGAUGCUAUCCGUAAGGCAGCUGAGGCGGAGCGACAGAAGAUUGCAGAAGAAGAGGCUAGACGAAACACCGAGGAGGAGCGAAUCACCAAGAUUCGCAACGAUGAAGCCUCUGCGUGGGCUUCCGAGCUUGCUCGUCGUGAAGCAUUCAAGAAUGAGCUUGGUGCUCGACAACGAGCUGAAGAAGAGCUUCGAGCAUCUGAGGAUCGUAGACGCGCUGAUCACACGAACGAACUGAGCAGGAAGCGCCAAGAAAUCGAUGACUUCAUGCGCGAGAUCGAACGCCGUCGUCGUGAAGCUGACAUUGCGGCGAAGACCGCUCUACAAAAUGAAGCUGAACGAGUCGCGGAGUUCCGAAAGGCUCGGGAAGAAGCGAUCGCAGAGGAUUCCCGAUUGCGUUCUGAAGAUGCCACGCAACGUCAACGUGAAGACGCCAAACUGUUGCAGAUGCGCGAGGAUCUCAAGAAGCUCGUUCGCAACGAAGCCAUGCGUCGCGCAGAGGAAGAAGCUCGACGAAAGGCGUGGGACCAGAAAGAUGCAGCCCAAAAGAAGAUCGACGAAGACUUGAUUGCCAAAGAAGACGCCCGACGCGAUCGUUUCAGAGACGAACUUCCCGACAUUCUCGAUCAAUUCAGAGCAGAGCUUGAGGCGAAGGAGGAAUUCGUGCGAACUCAAGAAGAGAUGCGCCGCAAGCAAGCCGCGGAUCUCAUCGCGCAAAAGGAAGCCGCGGAGAAGCAACGUCGAGCUGAUUUCGAUGCAACAUGCGAACGAAAGCAGAAAGAGAUUGACGCAUUCGCCGCGAAGAUCAAAGAGUUGUUUGACAAGGAAGAAGCACGACGCGCCGACUUCAAGCGUAUCAUGGAACAAAGACAACGCAAGGACGACGCUCGACGACUCGCUGCUUCGUCUCCCAUGGCCAUCGAUAACAUGAUUCAGAACCUUCAGGCUUCCAUCAGUGAGAUGGAGGGACAACUUCAAAUAAUGAUUCCGGAACUUCAAUCGCUUGAAAAGGCUGCAGCGCAAAGCUACGAGGAUUUCAAGUUGCGUCGCUCUCAAUCCGAAAUGGCUAUUCAACGUACUGUUGUUGAGGAGCAAACUAGAACCGCGAAUGAAGAUGCUCGCCAUGCGGCUGUGUGCGAAGAGGCGGACGCGGCGGUUCGUACUGAGCGCCUCCUCCGAGAAGAAGAAGAUGCGCGCAGAAAGGUUGCGGAGAUGCGAAUCAAGCAACUUGAAGCUGAACUUGCGGCUAUCAUUGCCGAGAUUGACGCUAGACGCCUUGCGUGGACCGCGGAGACCUUAGCCCGGACAGAUUCGGAGAUGAGUCUCAGGCAAUCUGAAGACUCGCGCCGUUUCUUCUCCGUGUCCGAAAGUGCUGAUGCCAUGUUCCAAGAAUCUGCUUCGAUCAGCAUAGAGGAAAUCCGUCGUUCCGAGGCCGAGGCGGCUGCCGCACGUGCGGAAGAAUUGCGUAUCGCGACGGAAAAGGCUGAGGAAGAGCGCAAGGCUGCCUCGGAAAGGCGUAAACAGCUAGCAAUGGACGAAGAAGAGAGUCGUCGAGCCGCCGCGAAGCUUGCGCGUGAUGACAUGAAGAAGCAACAGGAGCUCGAGAGCAAAGCUGAACAGGCACGCAAGGCCAAGGAAGAGGCUGAUAAGGAGGCGGACGAGAAGGCUAAGAAGGAUGCGGAAGAAGCUGCAAGGGCUGCCAGACUGGCCAAGGAAGAAGCUGCCAAGGCUGCCAAACGCGAGGAAGAGGAAAAGCGUCGACUUGAAAAGGAGCGAGAGGAGAUGCGUAAGCGUGCCGAGCAGGAAGCCGCCGAAGCCAAGAAGCGUGCAGAUCGUGAGGCUGCGGAACGUCGUAAGGAAGAGGAACAGGCGAAGAAGCAAGCGGAAGCGGCGAAGAAGGCUGCGGAAGAAGCUCGGCGAAAGGAAGUAGAGUUAGCGAAGCGCAAGGCUGAGGAAGAGUCCAAGGCAGAAGCAGAAGCGAAGGCUGCCAAGGCCAAGGCAGAAGCAGAAGCGAAGGCUACCAAGGCCAAGGCUGAGGCAGAAGCCAAGGCCAAGGCUGAGGCAGAAGCCAAGGCCAAGGCUGAGGCAGAAGCCAAGGCCAAGGCAGAAGCAGAAGCCAAGGCUGCCAAGGCCAAGGCAGAAGCAGAAGCCAAGGCCAAGGCAGAAGCAGAAGCCAAGGCUGCCAAGGCCAAGGCAGAAGCAGAAGCCAAGGCCAAGGCAGAAGCAGAAGCCAAGGCCAAGGCUGAGGCAGAAGCCAAGGCCAAGGCUGAGGCAGAAGCCAAGGCCAAGGCAGAAGCAGAAGCCAAGUCUAAGGCUGAGGCAGAAGCCAAGGCAAAGGCUGAGGCAGAAGCCAAGGCAAAGGCUGAAGCUGAUGCCAAGUCUAAGGCUGAGGCAGAAGCCAAGGCGAAGGCGGAAGCCGAAGCGGCGAAGCAGGCUGCUGCAUCGACUGAAACUGCUUCCAAGACGUUAACCAAGGAUGAUCGUACGAAGAGUCUCCAAAUCAAGCUUGAACGAUCUCAAUCGAUCGAGGAAGUCCAAGAGGUCGUUGCUGAGCUCUCUGCCGACGACGACCCGAUCGCCGCCACAAUCAUUCUCCAAGGUGCAUCCAACUUGGAGGCCGCCGCGCGAGCGCUCGCCCAAUUGUGGCGCGUGAAUGACACUAGAGGUGCAGAAGCGCUCAUGGGUCUCGAGCUAACCCGUGCCGCCACGCUCAUCGACAUCAUGGUUGAAAAUCUUGGUGAUAACGAACCUGCCAUUAGUUUGGUGAACAUGUCCGAGCCAGGACGCAUGGUCGGCGUCGCCGAGUUCGCAAUGCCUUACUACUUGCGAAGCGUCGUGUACAACGGUGUUGAAAUUCUCCGAGUUGUGUCACAACGUAAUGUCAAGGUGGCCAAGAUUAUUUAUGCCGGCUUGGAGAAGGAAGAGCAAGUUAGCAUAUUGCGCCGCUCAAGCCUUGGCUUUGGCGCUCGACCGGGCGUCGAGAAACCGGAAGAAAAGCCUGAUCCGGACCUCAAUCUUGCUGCUGUGCUCCUGACUGGACUUCCUCCGUCCGCCGCGGUGGAGGUGCUGCGCACGUUCAGCACUUCAGGCGUGAAGCAGGGAAGCCCGAAGUGGAAGCGUCGCCAAGACGUCAUCGUCCAGGUGCUCAAUGAAUGCAAGAACAUUGGCCCUGGCGAGGACGCCAUCGCCGAUCUCAUUCGUGACAGACUCAAGCUCUAA